GCAAUCGCAACGGAAAAGAGAGCCGAGCGCGAGAGGGCACUGGGAGCAGGGACGCCCCGCUAGAUUCUCAACAGCCCUCGACACACCGUUCCACGCCGUCACCACCUCUACGUACGCUCAAUCGAUUCGACCCCAGUGUUGAGACGCAGCUGAGUAGUAGUGCGGCAUCGUCGUCGCAGACAGAUCAACGGCGGGAAGAGGGCGUCUGGCAUGACAGCCUUGGCGAUUUCGUAUAGGACAGGGAGCCUGCCGCAGCUGUCUGAUUCGCACCAUGUGUGCCCUUGCACAUGGGUGCUACCCUGCGAUGAUGCCACAAACUCUCCGCAAUAUGCUGUCGUACUUCCCAUCAGGAUGUCGUUAGCCCCGCGCGGACUGCCGGAUCUUAUCGGACCUUGGCCUGAGGAUCGUCAAAUCAAUGCAGUCGUGCAUGUGGAAAGGAAGGCGCCGCUGUGGGCGACCAUCUGCACCUUUGCUGUGUCAUUCAGCAGCCAGCAAUUCAUGCGUAUUUACGGCAAAGAAGGAAGGCUGACCCAAGCGUCGCUCGUCAUCGUUUGAUUCCCGA